CAUUGCCAUGGUGACUAAGGGAAGAAGGAAGUUAGCUAGCAGUGUGGGUAUGGCUCGUAUGGCUGCCAUUAAGUAGAUAGCUUCUACAUAAGUAGUGAAAUAAACGUCAACGUCACGAACAACAUGAAGCUUUACAGCAUUGGGGUGCUCUGUAAAGGAGCAACGAAGACCAACCUCCUGAAAGCUGCCUAUGAGUUGUCAUCGUUUAGUUUCUUUCAAAGAUCAAGUGUACAAGAGUUUAUGGCCUUCACUUGUUCUUUGAUUGUUGAGCGUUCUGCAUGUGGCAGUCGGUCUUCAGUAAAAGAAAAAGAGUACAUGUGUCAUGCCUGUGUGCGGGAUGAUGGUCUCAGCGCUGUGGUGGUCGCUGACAGCGAGUAUCCACAGCGGGUUGCCUUCUCACUUAUAGACAAGGUGCUUGAGGAGUUCUCUAGACAAGUAGACUCCACAGAGUGGACCACAGGUUCUCCUGAUACAAUCCGUUACACUGCACUGGAUUCUUACCUUGCUAAGUACCAGAAUCCAAAAGAAGCUGAUGCACUUACAAGAGCACAGGCUGAGGUUGAAGAGACCAAAGUCAUUUUGCACAACACUAUGGAGUCUCUGCUGCAGAGGGGAGAGAAGCUGGAUGACCUGGUGCAGAGGUCGGAGCACCUGGGAGAUACCUCCAAAGCCUUCUACAAGACUGCACGGAAGCACAAUUCCUGCUGCAAAAUGAUAAUCCAAAAGAAGCUGAUGCACUUACAAGAGCACAGGCUGAGGUCGAAGAGACCAAAGUCAUUUUGCACAACACUAUGGAGUCUCUGCUGCAGAGGGGAGAGAAGCUGGAUGAUCUGGUGCAGAGGUCAGAGCACCUGGGAGAUACCUCCAAAGCCUUCUACAAGACUAAUCCAAAAGAAGCUGAUGCACUUACAAGAGCACAGGCUGAGGUCGAAGAGACCAAAGUCAUUUUGCACAACACUAUGGAGUCUCUGCUGCAGAGGGGAGAGAAGCUGGAUGAUCUGGUGCAGAGGUCAGAGCACCUGGGAGAUACCUCCAAAGCCUUCUACAAGACUGCACGGAAGCACAAUUCCUGCUGCAAAAUGUGAUGUGAGCUCACUGCCUUCCCAAAUGUACCCUCCUACUCCACUUUCCUCAACUUAUCAGCCACCAGCUACCUAUUGGGAGGGCUGUCAACUUACUUGGGCAAUCACAGUGUUUUAAGACAGACUUGUGUGAGGUGACUGACUGUAGGAGAGCUUGGUUUCCAUAUAGGUCAAAACUAUUGGACUUGCUCAGUGUUAAACACUUUUAAAAGUUAUUUAUCUAAGAUGUCUUGAGUGAUUAGUAAUUAGGCCUACUGACUGUAGUGUGUUCAGUUGCCUUCCUGCCUUCAAUAAAUGUGAAGUCUUCAAGUGCAUCUACAUGACAUGACAUCAAGUACAUGACCGUGUAUGCUCAUUUUGUUUGUGUGGUUAUCACGAAAGAAUGUCAACAUCA